CUGACUCGCCUUCUUCACAAACGACUGAACUAUUUGCUGGAAAGCGCUGAAGCAGCAAGCGUUAUGGCUGAAGGGAGUGCAGCCCUUGACAAUGUUACAGCCAUCUGGAAGUCUGUGAUGAAUCAGUCUGUUUGGCUCAAUGCAACACACAACAAUUCCUCCUGCCCCUGGCCAGAGAAUUGGCCGUGGCUUUUCACUAUCCAGCCAUUUAUCCUCUGGUUUCUUACAGCCUUGGGAAUAGUUGAGAACGUAUUUGUCCUCCUUGUCUUCUGCCUCCAUAAGAGCCGCUGCACAGUGGCUGAAAUUUAUUUGGCCAACUUGGCCAUGGCUGACCUCCUGUUGCUCUGCGGAUUACCUUUUUGGGCCAUUAAUAUAGCCAAUGGGUUUAAUUGGCCAUUUGGGACCUUCCUUUGCAAAGCCGUCAAUGCCAUCAGUCACAUGAACUUGUAUUCGAGCAUUUAUUUCUUGGUGAUGGUGAGUAUCGAUCGCUACCUGGCCUUGGUGAAAACGAUGACCCUGGGACGGAUGCGCCAGCCGCUGUGUGCCAAAUGGAACUGCCUCAUCAUUUGGAUUUCUGCUCUGUUCCUGUGCUCUCCUGCUCUGAUAUUCAGAACAGUAAAGUAUGUGCCUGAGCACAACUUCACAGCCUGCUAUCUGGAUUACCCGCCUCAUGGUCAGUGGCAAGUGAUUACCAACACUUUACUGAACACGGUUGGUUUUUUGAUGCCUCUCUGUGUAAUUACCUACUGUACAGUUCAAAUUAUCCGAGCCUUGCAAAACAAUAGCAUUCAAAAGUUCAGCGCUGUUCAGACAGAGAAGAGAGCCACCAUUCUGAUCCUCGCCGUUCUUCUCCUAUUUAUUAUCUGCUGGCUUCCUUUCCAGAUCACCACAGUCUUCGACACACUGUUUAAAGUCAAAGUCCUUUCUGGUUGUACUGCUCGAGAAGUCAUUGAAGUGGCUACUCAAAUCGCCACAUACUGCAGUUUCAGCAACAGUUGUCUUAACCCUAUAGUGUAUGUCAUUGUGGGGAAGCAUUUCCAAAAGAAAUCCAAGGAGGUCUACCAUCGCUUGUUCCUUAGGAGGCCUAGCCAAGCACCAUCAGUCCAGAUGGUGAGUUCCAUGGAUACCCUCAGAAGUUCUAUCUCAGUGGAAUGGCUACGGAAAAAAUCCAUUUUUUCUAUACCACGAUAGCACAACUUGUUCAUUUCCAUAGAAGAGACAAAUCCUUAAAUGAAGUAAUGGGUAACCUAUCAUUUCACCUCUAUUUAUAUGGUGCUGCCAAUCUGAACAGGAUGCAAUCAUUUGCCAAUGAAACCUUGGGGUAGCUACUGUAGUAAUGUUUGUGCAGGCCACGUGUUCUUGUCAAGUAAUAGAUGCCACUUUGAUUGAAUUAAUUUUUUACAGUUAUGUAUAGCUUUAGGGAGGAAUAUUCUUGGACAUUUUUAAUAUGAGCAUUACUAAAAUGCAGUCACUCCUAAAGAGAACUCAUUCUUGGGGCUUACACUGCUUUUCUUGGUACCUAAACUACACAAGACUGUAGAACACCAGAAUAUGUCUAUGUACAUAACCUGCAACACAAAGACCUUCUUCAGAUAUCAGUGAAGGGAAAUGUGUACAUAACUUAAUUCAGUGGAAUAUUGCAAUGGAACUGGUCCAGAUAGCAACCAUGCUUCUUAUUCCAGAUAGCAACCAUGCUCUCAACUCUGGC